CUGAAUUAUAGUCGUAUUGUUUUGCCCAAAUAUGCACCUCAUAUAUUUCAUCAGACCUUAACUUUAUGGAAAUGAGUGUGACCACUGCAUUGCAUUCAGCCAACCAGGUGAGGGUUUCAUUAAGAGGAAAACUUUCACUGAAAAUAUCAUAGAAACACUCACUGAAGGCAAGCAGAGAAAUGCUUCACUCCACUUGCACAUUUUAUAGCCACUGUCUUUGGCAUGUAGAGAUUUGUAUACAUUUAGUGAAAAGAAUAACAAAGUGUUGGGGAAAAAGUCCUUCAUUAGCUGUGCAAGCAAAGUCCUUUGAGCCUGUAGGAGGUGAAAGCAGUUGAUUUUCUAAAUGCUUGAUGAUACAUUAGUGUAAAAAUUAAUAAUGAUAUAAUGAUUGUUGUCAAAAUAGAAUAUUCAUUAAAUGAGUUUCCAAAGUUUGGAGAGUGUAGAUGAGCUCUUUUCUCCUUAAGCUUCCUCACUUAAUUGCUCCCAUAGCAGCAAUUAGCAAUCCAGAAUGAGGUGUCAUUACUGUUAUUUCCACUGCUGUGGAAGUGUCUUGCCACUGGAAAGGAGAAAUCCUUUAUGAUAAUACAAAAGUGCUCAAUAAUAUAGGCAGCUGGUUUUCUCUUGGUUUUCCCAAUAUACAUCACAUUGCAUCUCUUGCAGGAAAGAAAAUAAAUAGCUCCUGCAGUGAUGAGGACUGUUGAGUGACAAGAACUGAUUUAAGGCUUUUGAUUUGCCUGUAGAAUUGUAGAAUGAAUUGUGGAACAUCCGCAACAUGUAGAAUUGUUACAUGCAGCAGUACCAUAUUUAUUAUUAGGCUGAGAAUUUAUUUCUCUCCUCCACUUGUCUUUGCUGUAGGAGUAGGAGUCUCAGGAUCAUCCAGAAGUACAAUGUUUAGUAUAAUUUGAGCCACUGUUAUAUUAAUGGAAUUAUAAGUGAGCAACAAAAGAACUCUCUCUAUUUUAGCAGUUGAUGGUUUAUAGGCCAGUGCACUUGUUCUCUCAGUAGUAGUAAUAGUACAACAGGCCAGGUCAGGUCAUCUGUGACUUUCUUAGUAAAUCAACUGUUUUAAAAAUAAUCACUGAUUUUCUGGGAGAAGUCUUCAUUUGUACUGCCCCUGUAUUUAAGUAUCAGUACCUGGAGGAAGGAAUGAGAGUCUGUAGUUUUGUAAUGAAUGGUGGUUUUCAAAGAAGAAUGGUUUGGCAUCACUGAUAUGUCCAAAAAGUUUAUUCUCAAGCCAGGGUGUCCAAUACUCAAUAUAUACUACAUGGCUAGGUGAAAUGUGUGGGAUGUAAGAAGUAAACAGCUGGAGCUUUUUGAGUGACAGAUAGUUAUGCACAAAAAUAAAAAAAUACCCAAGUAACAGUACUCACAGGUCUAGUGAACUGUUCAAAGAAUUCUUUUCAACAAAUCUAGUGAAGAGGUUUCCAUAUUUAGUGCCCAUACUGGUACCUCUGGUGAGAUAGUAAAACCCAGAACUAAAGCUGAAGGAGUUUGGUGUUAAGACGAAUUCUGUUAAUGUUGAGAGUAUAUCAGUGGGUUGAUUAUUUACCAGUAGUGCAUCAAGAAAAUGUCUUACAUUUCUCAAUCCAGCUUUAUUACAUAGGACUCUGUAGACUUUUGAUGUCUAUAGAAAAAGAGGAGAGGGAUGUAAUGCAUGGACUUUUUUUGAAGCAUACAAAGAAUUAGGAAAUAUAAAUUUAGGAAAAGACUGAACAACGGUUUGGAAAGUUAGGAAUCUGUCAUUUGCAAGCUGCAGUUUAAAUUAAUUAAUUAUUUUUUUUAAAUUAUAUAUAAAACUUAAGCAUAACUUUAAGGGCUGUAGUUGUCCACAUGAUGUCCCUAGCCUUCCACUCUUCGUUACUGCGUGUCUUUACUAUGCUCCGCCUUUCUCGAGGCAGGGCAAUCUCUCUGCUGGCCAGACGGCUUUGUUUAGAAUACGCCAUUGUGCUUAGCUGCUGUUUAAACGUGGACAAGACGCAUUUUCGCAACUACGGGAAUGGAUUUGUAUAUUUUUCUUGACAGAGCUAUUGUAUUGCCGUAAAAUGGCUGCAUCGGCGGGUCAAAGAUUUCAGUCUUGGAUAUGUUAUUCACUACUGCUUAAUUUCUGGAGAUUUGUGAAUGGGCAGAUUGUGUAUCAGAUAUCGGAAGAAGCAACCCCGGGCACACCAGUCGGAAAUUUGGCAAAGGAAUUAAAUCUAAACGUUCAGGACCUUGAGAGCCGAGGAUUCCAUAUUGUUACUGAAGCUUAUAGCAGGUAUUUUGAUCUUAAUCGGAAGACCGGCGUUCUAAGUGUUAAAGAAAUACUUAAUAGAGAAGAGCUUUGUGAACGCAACAUACACUGUUCUAUAGCGCUAGAAGCUGUCGCUAAGUCACCGCUGAAUAUUUAUAGGUUUGAGGUGAAUAUUUUAGAUAUUAACGACAAUUCACCAGUAUUUCGGCAGACAGAAUGGAUGUUAAAUAUUUCAGAGUUCGCUUUUCCAGGGGAGAGAUUUGCAUUACCGAGCGCAUAUGACGCAGACGUGGGAAGUAAUUCGGUAAAGAGCUACAAGCUGAGCCAAAAUGAACACUUUUCUCUGGAUGUGCAUAGCGGAGAGGAGAGUGUAUCAGCUGAAUUAGUACUGCAGAAAGCUUUAGACAGAGAGAAACAACCUGCGAUCCACCUCACACUCACUGCUGUGGAUGGAGGAAAACCUCACAGAUCUGGAACGAUUCCUGUUAUUAUAAAUGUGGUGGAUGUUAAUGAUAAUGUUCCGGUUUUCAGUAGAUCACUGUAUAAAGCUCGAGUUAACGAGAAUGCCUCACCAGGUACUCCCGUAAUUACUGUGCAUGCCAGUGAUUUGGAUGAAGGCCUUAACGGAGAAAUUACAUAUACGUUUGUUAAUCAUGACAGCGAUAAAAAUCUUAAUGCAUUCUCAAUAAAUCCGGAAACCGGAGAAAUUGUAGUGACGGGUGAGGUAGAUUAUGAAAAGAAAAAUGCGCUUGAACUUCGGGUGCAGGCAAAGGACAAAGGUAAUAAUCCAAGAGCAGCAAUGUGCAAGAUUCUAGUAGAAAUCAUUGAUAUUAACGAUAACGUUCCGGAAAUAUCUGUGACCUCAUUGGUUGACAUUAUUAAGGAGGAUACGCCGGUUGACACAAUGGUGGGAAUGAUAACUGUUAUCGAUAACGAUGCUGGUAAAAACGGUCAGGUAACACUCCGAAUUCUUGGAUCCGUCCCAUUUAAGAUUCAGAAGUCAUAUAAGAAUUAUUAUACGUUAGUUGUAAAUGGACCUCUGGACAGAGAAAGUGCGUCUCAGUAUAACAUCACUAUCACAGCGAGUGAUGAAGGGACUCCACCUCUCUCCAGCACCGCUGUCAUUACUGUACACGUCUCUGAUGUGAAUGAUAAUGCGCCAUGCUUUAAAGAGCCCAUUGUUAAUGUGUAUCUAAAAGAGAACAGUCAGGUUGGGGCUGUUAUUUAUACAGUAUCUGCUUCUGAUAGUGAUGUUGCAGACAAUGCUAGAAUAUCAUAUUCAUUGCUGGAAGGUUCUAGAAAUGUUCCUGUAUCGUCUAUGGUAAACAUAAACUCUGACAGUGGAGAUAUUUACAGUCUGCAGUCAUUUAACUAUGAGGAAAUGAAAACAUUUCAGUUUAAAGUUCAGGCCACAGACUCUGGUGUUCCUCCACUGAGCAGUAACGUGACUGUGAAUGUUUUUAUCCUGGAUGAGAAUGACAACAGUCCCGGGAUUCUCGCUCCCUAUUCUGAUCAUGGAUCUGUUCACACUGAGAACAUUCCCUAUUCUGCUGAAGCAGGCUACUUUGUGGCCAAGAUCAGAGCUGUAGACUCAGAUUCUGGAUAUAAUGCCCUGCUUUCUUAUCACAUCUCUGAACCUAAAGGAAACAACCUCUUCCGGAUCGGAACCAGCAGUGGAGAGAUCAGGACUAAGAGGAGAAUGAGUGACAAUGACCUGAAAACUCACCCGCUGGUCAUUUUGGUUUCUGAUAACGGAGAGCCCUCACUGUCAGCCACUGUGUCUAUUGAUGUUGUGGUUGUUGAGAGCACAGGUGACAUAAAGACUCAGUUCAAACAUGCACCGAUAAAGGAGGACAGUUUCUCAGAUUUAAACAUGUAUUUGCUGAUCGCCAUUGUGUCAGUUUCAGUGAUAUUUUUACUGAGUCUGAUCAGUUUAAUAGCUGUAAAAUGCUGCAGGACAGACAGCAGUUUCAGCAGAUACAGCGCCCCAGUGAUCACCACACAUCCUGAUGGAAGCUGGUCUUACUCCAAAGCUACACAGCAGUAUGAUGUGUGUUUUAGCUCGGACACACUGAAAAGUGACGUAGUGGUUUUCCCUGCACCAUUUCCGCCUGCAGAUGCUGAACUGAUAAGCAUAAAUGAAGGGGAUACUUUUAACAGAACACAAACACUUCCAAAUAAAGAAAAGCCCAAGGCUCCCAGUGCAGACUGGAGAUAUUCAGCUUCUCUCAGAGCAGGAAUGCAAAGCUCAGUCCAUAUGGAGGAGUCAUCUGUGAUGCAGGGGGCUCAGGGCGUUCUGGUCCAGAAUUGGCCUACUGUCUCCAGUGCUCCUGAUAAUGAGGGUGGCGAGGUGUCUCCUCCUGUUGGCGCUGGUGUGGACAGUAACAGUUGGCAUUUUCGGUAUGGUCCAGGCCCUGGAAUGCCCCCCCAGCAUCUGAAGCCAGGCGAGGUCCCACCUGAAGCUUUCAUCAUCCCUGGUUCUCCUGCCAUCAUCUCUAUCAGACAGGGGCAGGACGGUGAUGAUAAGAGCGACUUCAUCACUUUUGGCAAGAAAGAGGAGGCCAAGAAGAAGAAAAAGAAGAAGAAGGAAAAGGAAAAGAAAGACAAGAAGGAGAAAGGGAAAGAUGAUGAUGACUAGAAAUAGAAAUGUUAAGUUUAUAUAUAUAAGACAGAGAUCUCAACGGGGGUCAUGACAGAACUGAUUAAUAAGGUUAUGGGUGAGGAAUAUUAGAUCAUUUAUGUUUAUUUUCCACAUUUUGAACUAAAACAAAUAUUUUAUGUUGAGUCAUGUUGUCUGACUCAACAUGAAGUAUCUAAUUAAGAUCUUUGAUAUUUCUCUGUCUCAUGCUACAAAAUUGGCCUUACAUAACUCAGUUCACUUUGAUGAUAUUAUUGAUUCAUUUUCCUCCAUGCUCACAGUGCCUGACCACCCAAUUUUCUCAAAAGACAACAGUGAGAAAUAUGUAGAUUCUGUUGACACCUCUGUCUUAUUAAUCAUUGUGGUUUCAGUUUUCUGAUCUCAGAAAGGAAGACAAUGUCAGAUUUAAGAAAGUUAAAAGCAGUACACCACUUCUGAUUACCAAGAAACUUAUCAAAAAUAUAAAAAAGAAAAAAGAUUAACAAGUUCUGGGGAUAAAAGGAUAAGCUUUGAGAUUGGAAGUGGGGUAUGUGCUGGUGUAAAUAUGGUGCCAACAGAGAAGUUGUGUGCCAUGUUGUAAAGUAAAACUGGUUUACUGUAAAGAGACAAUGCUAAACUAAUGCUUCGGCUUGCUCUACUCUAUGUCUGUGUCUACGCUAUGGAGAAGUAUCUCAAAUCAAUAAGGAACAUGUGGACACACUCACCCGACACUCAGCAGCAAAAUAAAAAAGAAAGAUAAAACAGUGGUGAAUCGUAAAAAGCAAGCACAUUAUGUUUACCAGCACUCUCUCCCAGUCAUUAUAAGCGCAUUACCUGAAAAUCUAAAAUUUAACACUUACGCACAUGCUUGUACAGGGUCAAAGGUUAACACUCCAGUAAUGAUAGCUCCCCUUUCAUUGUGCCUAUUUUUGUUUUGUUUUGUUUUUGUUCAAAGAUCCAGCUUUGCCUCAGAAAUGUUAAGUAUGUGAUUUAGCACAGGGCAAAAAUGGAAGAACUAAUGUCUGGCAAAAGCUGAAAACGGAAAAGCAACAGAGACUGGGUGCAUGUAGUGGUGACUGAGCUACAUAAAGAACGAUUACUGAAUAAAGGAAACCUGUGGGUAGUGUUGCUUAGAUGGGUAGCUGAAAUAGUUGUACAAUACAUGUAAAAAAAAAAAAAAAAAAAACAGUGUUAGUGCUAAUGUACAAAACAUGCAACCAUUCCCUGAAAACUUUCAGUGACCUGAAGCGUAUGCUUUGAAUGUUUGGUAUCGCUGCCCUUGAGCUUGUUUUCUAUUAAACCUUAAACUCUGACCUUUAACCCUAUUUUGUGCCUGCUUUCUCAUCUAAUAUGAGGAUGUGGUGUAUGGAUUUUGUCCUGUACAAAAUACCCUUGUCUUUCUGCUUGAAAGGCUAAGACAUGUUCAGCUAACUUAGAUAACAAAUUAGGCUGAUUCUUGAGUGUUGUUUUAGCAAAAAAAAAAAAAAAUGUGUUUUUUAAGAUCUGUUUUUAUAAGCUUUAAUUGAUCUAUAUUGCAUUUGUACAGAACAUCUUUUGCUCUCUCUGACUCUUUCUACCCUGGCUUUAUGCUCUGUUCUGUUUUGAAUGUUGAAUAGGCCAGCCCUAGUCAUUGCACUGCACCCAGUACACUGAACAUCACUCCUCUCUGUGUGUAAAUGUGUGUCACCAGUGAACAGUGUAAUGGCUGCUGGUCCUUGUAUUUCACUGCUUGUAUUUGUCAAGGGUAGAAUGGAGAAAACAGAAGGGAGAGUCGAGGCAUGGUCAGGGGGUGGAGUUUAACCAGAGCAUGACAUGAUGUGAAUUGGCCAAAGUACUGAAUUGCCAGUUUUACCUAUUUGAAAUUCAGUUUUCCCUGUUGCUUUUGCUUUGGAAAUUGGACUGAGAAGGUUACUGAAUAAUUGCAGUACAAAGUCUAGGAAUAGAUCGACUCCAUCCCAGAUGCCAAUCUUUGCACUGAAAGCUUCUUGCUUCUGCUCCUUUGGAUCCCUCCCCCCUGUCUGUUUACACUGUACAACCUCAUGACUUAAACCAAUGUCACAAUGGCUCAGCUGUGACUGCUGCAUGACCUAACCAGAACGAAACUCUUACUAUAUAGAUAUAUAUGAAUAUAGAUAUAGAUUGCUAUAAUUUUGCUAUUUUUGUUUAUGAUUUGUAUCCAUUACAUGCACAGGAGAUUUGCGUAUGUACCGUCUCUGCCAAGCCUUUGCAUAAUGAUAUUUUCCCCAUCCACUCAGAGUGUACAUUUACCAUGUUAUUAAGCCUUCUACUUAUUUGUAACUGCUUUAUAGUGUGAUGCCCUAAAGCUCCUGCUCAAUCCUUACUGUUCUUUUGGUUUUGUUUUUGAGAAACUAAAGCGAAGAAAAAAAAACACAUUUGUGUAUGGCUUUGACAUACUGAUCUAACACUUUAUUAUUGUAACUAAAUUACUAUGUAUGACAACACUAUCUCUUUUCCUUCACCUUUCCCUUUGAAGGAUAAAAAGCUUAAUGAAAAUGUCAAAAAAAAAACCUUAUGUAAAAUACAAUAUAUGUAGUGUAUGCUUGUACCUAGUGAGCAUUCAUACCAUCAUUAUUUCUCAGUGUCUGGUAGUGGUCAGUAGGUGGUAAAGCACUGUCCAAAUGGGCAGGGCUCAUCUGUCGUAUCUUUUGUACACCUGCUCAUCAAACUGUGACAGUGAAGUAGUAAAAUCCAUUUCUCUCUUUCUCUUUUUUAUUUCAUUUUGAUGAACAAGGUGGUACUGUGUUUUGUUUAAUAAAUCACCAAAAAAUAAAUAAAGUUUUCUUUCUUAAUAAUGUGA